GGGCUCAAGGCAAGUGCGGCUGGCCCCAGGGAAGCCUAGGAUUCUUCCCAACUCUCGUGUCGUCUGGCGUGGGGGAUGUUUCUGCCGCUCGGGCCGAGCGGACCUUCCAUCAGGAAGUGGAGGACGAGUUUAGGAGAGAGAUGUGUACCUUGUGCAUUUUUUUGGUCGCAGAGGUUGGUGAACGGGAUGCGGACCAGCUACGUCUUGCAUUGCAUGAAGCGCUGCGAUCCGCACUUCAGCACCAACUCGAACCUCUCCAGCAGCAGAUUCAGCAACAAGUCGCUGAACGUCAGCACCAUUGCAACAGCGACUAGAGCAACUACAGCGUACUGCCACCAAUGCUUCAGCAAGCACGGACCACGUGCAUCUACGAAUUAGUCAAGCUCGGCAGCCAUUUGAGGGACCCAGGCACGGAACUCACCUUGGUGGACCUUUUUUCGUUGAUUCCAGAUGCGGACGAGUUGUUUUACACAACAAGUUUGCGAUUUUGAAAUGCAAGGCUUUGUGCGGCGUUAUGGUGAUCAUGCUAAUGCUAUUCUGCAGGAGGUGACGAAAUAGAGCCUCAGCACUUCACAUGUGAUGUCUAUCAGGUCAGCGCUCCAUUACAAUUGUGCCAUUAUUGUGAGUAUUUCGAUCCAGGGUUUACGACAUAGUGCGGGAGACUUACGGAGAGUAUUUGUGCGUAGGCAUGUUGGCUUGUUUGGUAAUUUCUUCUGCUCACGUGCUGGACCAUGCGGCGCGCGGCACGGACAGUGGAACUUUGGAUGAGCUGUCAGCCGCACUCGGAAUUGCAAAGACAACGUGCGCGAGAAACCCUGGGAACCACAUUGUUUCUUAGGGUUGACGCGAAUGUGUCUUUGAAGUGUUCCAGAGAUGGGCCUGUUGGACAGUGUCUGGCCAGACCUCUGCCAUCCCGCACCAGUAACAUGC